GAAGUAGACAGACACCUUCUGAAGUUUUAUGCAUGCUGUGUUUUUUCUUCUUGCUGCAACAAGAAAAGCCUUUCUUUUAACCUGGCUGCCUUUGAAGAAGUGACUCAGACAUCCUCAUGGCCUGUAAAGAUGCACAGAACCAAAGAAGUAGAGGUCUGCCUGGCUUUCUUCCUGGAGCUCCAGACCCUGACCGCAGCUUUCACCUCUCACCUCCCAAUCCAGGGAACCAAGUUCUCCCUCCGCUGGCCAGCCUCCCUCCUGGGCUAGAAUAUUUAAGACAGUUAGACCUGAUAAUUAUACACCAGCAGGUGGAGCUUCUUGGAAUGAUACUUGGCACAGAGACCUCCAACAAAUAUGAGAUUAAAAACAGUUUGGGACAAAGAAUUUACUUUGCAGUGGAGGAAAGCAUCUGCUUCAAUCGUACUUUCUGUUCCACGCUUCGAGCUUGCACUCUGAAGGUCAUGGAUAACUCAGGUCGGGAGGUGAUUACAGUAAACAGGCCCCUGAGGUGUAACAGCUGCUGGUGUCCUUGCUACCUGCAAGAGUUAGAAAUCCAAGCCCCUCCUGGUACUGUAGUUGGUUACGUUGCACAGAAGUGGGACCCCUUUCUGCCUAAAUUCACAAUCCAAAAUGCAAACAAAGAAGAUAUUUUGAAAAUCAGUGGUCCUUGUGCAACAUGUGGCUGUUUUGGCGAUGUGGAUUUUGAGGUGAAGACCAUUAAUGAAAAACUUACAAUUGGGAAGAUUUCAAAGUACUGGUCAGGAUUUGUAAAUGACGUCUUUACCAAUGCUGACAACUUUGGAAUUCAUGUUCCCACAGAUUUAGAUGUGACAGUCAAGGCAGCAAUGAUUGGUGCUUGUUUUCUCUUUGAUUUUAUGUUCUUUGAACAUUCACUGGCUGGCUUAUAACAAGCAAGAUGACAAAAACGAUCAAGUAUGCAUGAACAGGUUUCAAAAUCCCCUGGGCUCUGGAUUUCAUUUCUGAAUGGUUUGCAUAUUUGUUUUUUUUUUUUUGUAACAAAUGU